AUGAUAAUUCAAAUUUAUUAUUUAUUUAUUAUUUAUUUAUUUAUUUAUUUAUUUAUUUAUUUAUUUAUUAUUUAUUUAUUUAUUUAUUGUUUGCUGCAGGGCAAGCCAAAGAAGUUUGACGUGCUGCUGGCGAGUGACUUGAUUUACGAAGCAGCAGCAGCGCAGCAGUUUGCUGCUGCUGCUGCUGCUCUUCUGAAGCAAAAAACGGGCCGCCUUUAUUACACCCACAGACUCCACAGAGACGGAGCAGCAGCUGUUGCCUACUGGCUUCGAAAGGGCCAGCUAAAAGUGGCCGAACAUUCUCCGCCUCUUUCUUACUUCCGCAACUGCCUCCUCGACAAGUCGGACAAGGAGUUUUACGCCCUCUUCAGCGAGCUGGAGGCAGAAAGUGACUUCGUGCUGCUGAAGGCCGCCUGGCGCUAG